AUGGAUAUUCGAAUAGAUAAUGAAGUAUUUCAAAAAUUGAAAUUAAUUAAAAUCGAACAAUUCAAAGAAAAUAAUCAAACAAUUAAAUUCAAUCAUAAAAUUUAUCGUUUAUUAAUUAAAAAAUUACGUCGACAUUUCCAUCGACAACAAUUAGCUAAAGAACGUGAUGAAAAAAUUCGAUUAGAAGAAAUUCAAAGAGAUAAUGAUCCAUUAUAUCAAGCAUGGAUUAUUCAAAAAGAAAAUCUUCGAAUACAAAAAGAAAUUGAAGAAGAACAAGAAAAUGAAAAAUCUCGAAAAUUACGUGAACAAAUAGAAAUUAAAAAACAAGAACAAUUACGAAAGAAUAUAGAAGAGAAACAAAAAGUAACAAACAUUAAUUCAUCAACUCAUAAUCCAUUUGUAUCAGUUCCAAUAACAAAUGGUCCAAGUAUCGAACGACCUGUAUGUUCAUUUUAUUUAAAGACAGGUGUUUGUCGAUAUAAUGAACGAUGUCGUCGUACACAUAAUAAACCAGAUAUAACUGAUACUCUAUUAGCUGUAAAUAUGUAUUCAAAUUUUGAAAUGCAAUAUGGAUUAGAUGAAGAAUAUGAUUUAGAUAUUGGUUUGGAAUUUGAAGAAACUGAACGAUAUGAAAAUUUUAAAGAUUUUUAUUAUGAUGUUUUACCAGAAUUUGAAAGAUUCGGUCGUGUAAUAAUGUUUAAAGUAUGUUCAAAUUCGGAAAUACAUUUACGUGGUAAUGUUUAUGUACAAUAUGAAACAGAUUAUCAAGCUAUGCAAGCAUAUAAAGCUUUGAAUACACGAUAUUAUGCUGGUCGAAUGGUACAAUGUGAAUUUGUUAAUAUUCCAAGUUGGUCAACAGCUAUUUGUGGUUUAUCUCAAUUUGGUAAAUGUUCGAAAGGUCGUCGUUGUAAUUAUUUACAUGUAUUUCGAAAUCCUCCAUUAAAAUCGAUUGAGAAAGAUAAAAAAUCUACACGAAAACAUAAACGAUCAAAAUCUCGAGAUCGUUCGACUAAACGAAAAAAACAUCAUCAUCAUCAUCAUCAUUCAUAA